UUGCAACAAUUAUUGGAAGAAUGCAAGUACCAAGAAUUUUGGAGAGUAUAUGAAUCAGAUGAAUCAUAUAAAGAACUUACCAGUGAUGCGAUAGGUUUUGAAGAUGCAAUACGGAAAGUUAUCAUAACUUCAAUUGCUAUGGCAUAUCAAAGUAUUUCGGCGGAACUACUAAGUAAUUAUCUCAACCUAAGUACAGACGAUGAAGAAUUUGGUUCAUUUAUUCAAUCUCGUGGUCUUGUCAAUAAAGAUGGUAUUGUAUUAGUGCCCACAAAUUACGAUAAUGAAGCGAAACUAACUGUGAUCAGAGAAAAUAUCAAGUUUGAAC